AUGGCUGCUCGAACCCCCGCGCGAGAAGCAGCAGCUGCCAAGAUGGCCAUGCCCUCGUCCUUACUGAAGCGAGCGGCGCUUACCGCAUCCGACGAAACGCUGCUCGUCUCGGCUCUCAAGAUGCUCGCCACUUUUGACAACGCCAAGAACACCGUAUUUGCGCUCGUCGUCUACCGCUACUCAACACGUCUGCUGCGACAUGUUCGCGCGUACGGUAUCUCGGAAAGUCUCUACCAGCUUUAUUGUCUGGUUUCGGCGCAAGUGUUUGCACUGAUCCUCAAGACGCCCGCGGCAAAACGCAAGGUGAAGCGCGAACUCGACACGGCCAUGGCCGAAGUGGAAGCCAAGAUUGUACCGCGUCCGUCGCACCUCGGGAUCCACCACCAGCUGCCGCAGCUUGGAAAAGAGACCGAAUGGAUCAAGACCGAGCUCGCCAAACUACAGAUCAUGGAGGCCGGUGUGGACGCCAAACUGGUCGAGGCGGAUUGGGAGAAUCGCGACGGUCAGAUGGUGUGGAAGGGCGGUAAAGUAUCUGGCGCCGUAUAUCACGGCGGUGAUGAUCUGAGCGAUCUAUUGGCGGAUACGAUCAAGCAGUUCCUGGUAAGCAAUCCUUUGCAUCCGGACGUGUUCCCUGGAGUGAGGAAGAUGGAGGCCGAGGUCGUGAGUAUGGUGCUCAAGAUGUACAAUGCGCCCGCAGGUGCGGUGGGCGCCACGUCGAGCGGCGGCACAGAGUCGAUCCUGCUUUCGUGUCUGGCCAUGCGAGAGUGGGCGCGAGCGACCAAGGGCAUCAAAGAGCCCGAGCUGAUCGUCAGCGUUUCCGCCCACGCUGCGUUUGACAAGGCCGGCCAGUACUUUGGCAUCAAGGUGCACCACAUUCCCGUCGACACAGUGACGCGAAAAGUACAGGUGGCACGCGUAGCCAGGGCGAUCAACUCGAACACAAUCGGCCUCGUCGGUUCGGCGCCCAACUUCCCCGAUGGCAUCAUCGACGACAUCCCCAACCUCGCCAAGCUAGCCAAGCGCCACAAGAUCCUGUUGCACGUCGACUGCUGUCUGGGCUCGUUCCUGGUACCGUUCUUGGAAAAAGCCGGCUUUGAAUCCGAGCCGUUUGAUUUCCGCAUCGAUGGCGUCACAUCCAUCAGCUGCGAUACGCACAAGUACGGUUUUGGUCCGAAAGGCCUCUCGACGAUUCUCUACCGUUCGGCGGAUCUACGACGGUUCCAGUACUACGUCAAGACCGACUGGCCGGGCGGAGUGUACGCUACACCCACCCUAUCCGGUAGUCGACCAGGCUCGCUCAUCGCCGGCACUUGGGCGGCCAUGAUGAAGAUCGGUGAGUCUGGCUACACCCAGUCUUGCCGUGACAUUGUGGGAGCAGCUAAAGAGAUCUCGACGCGCAUCGAACGCGAGAUCCCGGAACUCCGAGUGCUCGGUCGGCCGCUCGUCUCGGUCGUCGCUUUCGCCAGCGCAGCCCCGAACUCGGUAUCCAUCUAUGAUGUAGGCGACCACAUGUCGAGCAAAGGCUGGCACAUGAACGGUCUCGGUGGUGACACCCCGGCAAUCCACAUAGCCGUGACAAGACUCACAAUCCCGGUCCUCGACCAGCUCAUCACGGACCUCAAAGCCGCCGUCAAACACGCGCGCUCCUCGUUCACCGGCCAGAAAGGCAGCAUGGCCACGCUGUACGGCUUAGGCAGCGGCGUCAGCGCAACCGCCAUCGUAGGCCAGUUGGCAUCUAGGUUCGUCGACACGCUGUACCUCGUCUAG